AUCGCCAGGCGCUCCUUCCGGGUCCCGCGCGAACUCGAGCGCCAGAAGGAAAGAAGGAGGAAGGGAAGGAAGGCAGGAAGAUGCCGCUGGGCCUGAAGCCGACGUGCAGCGUGUGCCGCACCACCUCCUCGUCCAUGUGGAGGAAGGGCGGGCAGGGGGAGAUCCUCUGCCACAGCUGCACCGGCCGCGCAGGCCCCGCCGGACCCGGAGGAGGCGGAGGGGGAGGAGGAGGCGCCGCGGCCUAUGCCUCCACCUCCUCAGCCACGCAGCAGAGCAACGGGGGAGGCGGAGGAGGAGGAGGCGGAGGAGCUGGGAAGAGUAAGCAAGAAAUUCACAGAAGGUCUGCUCGACUAAGGAAUACCAAAUACAAGUCUGCUCCUGCUGCCGAAAAGAAAGUAUCUACUAAAGGAAAAGGAAGAAGGCAUAUUUUUAAGUUGAAAAAUCCCAUCAAAGCUCCAGAGUCUGUAGCCACCAUAAUUACAGCAGAGUCUAUCUUCUAUAAGGGAGUUUACUAUCAGAUUGGAGAUGUUGUUUCAGUCAUUGAUGAGCAGGAUGGUAAAACAUACUAUGCUCAGAUUAGAGGGUUUAUUCAAGACCAAUACUGUGAAAAAAGUGCAGCUUUAACAUGGCUCAUUCCUACUACAGCUAGUCCCAAAGACUGUUUUGACCCUGCAACUUACAUAAUAGGACCAGAAGAAGACCUUCCAAGAAAAAUUGAAUACUUAGAAUUUGUCUGUCAUGCACCUUCAGAAUACUUCAAAUCUCGAUCAUCUCCUUUCCCUACCAUUCCUACUAGACCAGAAAAAGGUUAUAUCUGGACUCAUGUCGGACCUACUCCAGCUAUUUCUAUCAAGGAAACAGUUGCCAGCAGCUUGUAAUCUGUCUUGCUUUAGAGACUCCUUUUGUAUGUGUUUUAAAGUCACUGCCAAUAUGUGGUUUCAGUUUAACUUUAUAGGUUGAUUUUAUUUAUUAUUUACUUUUGGGUGCCUUUGUGAAUAUUACACUCCCCUCCCCAGUUGAAACUUUCUUUGUUUCUCUGUCGUGACUUCUCAUACAUCAGUGUAAAUAAAUGAAAAGCUACCUGU